AUGGAAGGCGAGCAUACAAUCAAUGAAGACGCGCCGAUCUCUCCUAUCAAGCUAAGUGGAGUAGCAGACGGGCUUCCUCAGAUUGAGUUUCGGAGCUUAGGAUAUUUGUCAUGGGAACAUACCCCUAAUCCUCCUAAACUUGAUGUACUCGAUCUGGCAACUUCUGUCAGUGGGAAGAAAGCAUCUAGUAUAUCCCGUAGCAGACGGACUCGUCUCUGCGCGAUUGAUGUGCCCUAUGCGCUGCUGGAUUGCGUUGGGAGAGAAGGGAGCUGCCGCGUCUACCGAAUCAUCGCUGAAAAUAAUGAUGUCUUCACGCUGAAGAGAGCGAAUUUGAGAGAUGUUAACGAAGCUACGGUCAGAAGGAAUAGAAGCGAAAUUGACCAGCUCAAGAAACUCGCCAAGGUCGAUCGAUCGAGUUGUCAACCUGCGGGACUGGGGGCUUGA